AUGGAUGCCGGUUAUUCAUGGGGGCAUAUUUGGCAAGACAGAGAUAUUCGCUUCGAUCUUGAGAUAAAGUGUUUGCGUUUAAUACCUGGUGAAAAAUUGUUGGAAAGGAUUGAUUCAGUCGAGGACACUAAAGGUAAUAAUGGCGAUAGAGGAACACUCCGAAUCACAAAUAUUCGCCUUAUAUGGUAUGCAAAUCAAAUGCCGCGAAUCAAUCUUAGCAUUGGAUACAAUGCUGUUAAGGGAAUAACGACUAGAAUGGUUAGCUCAAAGCUUCGAUGUCAGUGCGAAUCCCUGUACAUUGUAGCCAGCAAUGCAAAUUCUCGAUUCGAAUUUAUAUUUACGUGUUUAAAUCCUUGGCAGCGCAAACUUUAUACUACAGUAAUAGGACUUCAUCGAGCUUAUGAGACUUCGAAAUUGUAUCGAGAAGUUAAACUUCGAGGUUCUCUUAUGAAUGAAGACGACAAUUUACGGAUUCUUCCAAUGGAAACUCAAUGCGAACGCAUCGAAGGCGUUUGGAACUUAAGUGGAGAGCAGGGAACGUUAGGGUGUAUGAUAUUAACGGACGUACGGGUUGUAUGGUUCUCAGCGAUGAACAACCUUUACAAUGUCAGCAUACCUUAUCUACGCAUGAAGAGUGCGAGAUGCAUGCAAUCGAAAUUUGGUCAAGCCCUUGUUGUUGAAACCGUUGCACAGAACACUACAUUUGUGCUUGGAUUCAGAGUUGAUCCAAUUGAAAAAUUAAAAAAUGUCUUCAAAAAUAUCCAAGUACUACAAUCUGCCUACAUGUCGAAUCCAAUUUUCGGAGUGCAGUACAAGCGAGAUCGGCCUGUCAGUAAAGGUUCACCGCAAGCAGUUGGAGAGACCAUAGAAAAUGAUGAAGAAGAGGUAGAACUUGAUGAACGACCUCUUAGGCCCGAUGCGUUCGCCGCUUAUUUUGCUGAUGGAGUGAAUAAGAGCGAAGCUCGACCUCCAGUCUAUUCUGAAGAACUGGGUGUUGCAAUCGAACAGCUCAAACCAGGAUUCACUAUUGCCAACCUUUGGAAUAUUAUUGUUGACUAG